CUGAAAGUUGUGCCACAAAAUAUUGCGAAGAAGGAAAUAGCGGCAGAAUAAACGCGUGGAAGUUUGUUCGCUGUUGAUGUUUGUUUUUGAAGGACAGAAAUGAGCGACGUUCCUCUAACUUCAUCCGUGUCCAAGGGAUGUUUUGUUUUUAAGUCAACCUCUAAAAAAAGAAAGCGACAUGUAGGAGUCGGUGGAUAUUUGUCGGAUGGUGGUGACGACGACGGCAGCGAUCGCUUUAAGGUCUGUCAGAAAUUAUGGGAAACCGUUCAAACGAACACUGAGGUAAUACAAGACCAGUUGAAUAAAAAGGUACUUGACAGUCUCGCGGAGUUCAUUAAAAAGCAUGGCCUCGGCCGUUCGCCUGAUGACUGGAGACAGAGAUCCAGUGAAAUCCCCACAGCUGCUCUGAUGCUAGGAGUAAAUGUGCCUGAUCAUGCCAUGACGUUUCGAAGUCUGUGUAAUCUCCUUCAGGAUUCUGUCACGCCGUUUGUGGUGUCCGUUCAUGCCAAAGAAUGUGCAGCUGUGAAGCUCUUGAUUCAGAAGGUUCUAGAGCAGCUGACGGGAAGAGGAGUGUCAGUGGAUGAUGAACAGGAAGAUGAUACGGUUUUGAUUCAGAAGACACAGUGUACAAUUAGCGCUCUGUGUCAGUGGUACAAGACCAAGAAAUGCAUCCAGGCUUCUCCACAAAGGAAAGAAAACUCGACUAACGGUGACUUUCCUCAGAGUUUGCCUGUCGUUGUGAUCUUCAAAGACUUUGAGGCUUUAAACUCACAAGUUUUACAGGAUUUUAUCCUUAUUUGCAGUCGAUACACUCAGGAGCUUCCAUUCGUCUUUAUUUUCGGCAUUGCCACUUCUCCCAGCGCUAUCCAGCACAGGCUUCCCCACUCGGUGUCGUCACUGCUCUGCAUUGAGGUCUUUCAUUCUCUUUCAUGUACUCAGCAUUUAGCCUCUGUUUUCGACAAGCUCGUUCUGAACUCUCAGUUCCCAUUCAAGCUCAGCAGCAGGGUGAUACAGGUUCUGGUCGGCAUCUUCCUCUACCAUGACUUCUCUGUUCAGAAUUUUGUUAAGGGCUUACAGUUCUCCAUGUUGGAGCACUUUAAUAGCCAGCCUCUCAGUGCGCUUUGCUGCCAAAAACAAGAGGCCUUGCUUUCUGCCAAGACAUUGAGCGAACGAAACGUUGAGCGAAUCCGCCAUCUACCAUCAUUCAUGAGGUAUGUGGAGACUCAGGAGCCCCAGGAACAAGUGCGGCUCCUUACCAACGAUGAACAUGUCAAGGAAGUAUGUCAAACAUUACUGAAAAAGCUCCAUAAAUACCACAAGAAUUACUAUCCCAUUCUACAGUGUCUGCACUCUUUGACCUCGUCACUGCCUAAGUUUCCUCUAGGAAAGCAUAUACGAGAACUGCAUGUUUCUUGCAUUGAAAAGAAUUUGUGGGAGACCGAGGAAUAUGAGUCAGCCUUGCAGCUUCUGAGGAUUCUAGCAAAAGAUGAGCUUGUUGCAGCUCUACGGAAGUGUGCUGAAAUUCUCAAAUCUGCAAGUUCCAAGAAAAUGCUAAAUGUUCUGCGACAACUGGAAGGUUUCAUUGGCAGAUUGGAAACACGGGAGGAUGUCUCUUCAGAAGAUUCCUCCGGAAAUGGCAUCAUCUCAGGAAAAAUGGAAUAUCAGAGAACGGAUCUCUUUCAGCUUCAAAAGACUCUGCUUGAAAAAGAGUCCCGAAGAACAAAGAGAAUGAAUCCGUUCGAAGUGCUUCGAAGUGAGGUGAUAGACUUCAUUGACAGCCUUGUGAGAGAAUACUUGACUCCAGCAGAACUCCAGCCGCUCAAUGAAGUGUGCUACUACAGUUCCUCUGGGGUCCUGAGACAGCGACUCAAUGUCACCCCUCGAACAUCCAUUCAGGCUGCUCUCAGUCAUCCUUUUUAUUACUUACAGAAUGAAAACCUGAAAACGGACGCCGGCGCGAUCUCCAGUGCUGCACCAGACCUCUGCAUUGUAUACAAGCUUCAUCUGGAGUGCGGAAGACUCAUAAAUCUGUAUGACUGGCUUGAGGCAUUUGUAACCGUGAUGUCAUCCGCUGAGGACCAAGAUACUAAUUCUGAGGAGGGAGGCCAAUUUGACAGCCUUAAGCACGCUCGUUUCAUUCAGGCUGUGUCGGAGAUGGAAUUUCUUGGUUUCGUUAAAUCGUGA